AAAUUUUUUAUGUGGGAGAAUUUGUUAAUUUUUACCGGCGCCUAGUAACUAGCUCUUUGCAUCCCUUCCGUUUUGGCGGCAAAAUUUUAGCCAAAAAGGGUUUAGUCUUUCUCCUUCUCUCUCUGGGCGCUAAACCCUAAACCCUAACGUUCCCCUCGAAUUACGUAAUUAAUCACUCCCGUCAUUCCGUUUCCAGGGUUUUGUCGUUAGAGUUGCUCUUAGAUGCUCGAUUCAUUGAAUUAUUAACUCUCCUUCCAUGGAAGGACCGGCACCGUCUAAUUCCCCUGUAAUUAAGCCCAUACACAAAGGCGUCGUCCACAGAAUCUGCGCCGGUCAAGUCAUCCUAGACCUCUCCUCCGCCGUCAAGGAACUCGUCGAGAACAGCCUCGACGCCGGUGCCACCGGCAUCGAAGUCGCUCUCAAAGAGUACGGAGAAGAAUCGUUUCAGGUCAUCGAUAAUGGCUGCGGUAUUUCACCCAAUAAUUUUAAGGUCGUGGCGAUUAAGCAUCAUACAUCUAAGCUUGCAGAUUUUUCAGAUCUUCAGUCUUUGACUACGUUUGGAUUUAGAGGGGAGGCGUUGAGUUCGCUUUGCGCAUUGGGCAAUCUGACUGUUGAAACGAGAACGGCAAACGAAUCCGUUGCAACGCAUUUGACUUUUGAUCAUUCAGGUUUGUUGAUAGCUGAGAAGAAAACAGCUCGACAAAUUGGUACUACUGUCACUGUGAAGAAGCUGUUCUCGAAUCUACCAGUGCGAAGCAAGGAAUUUCGUCGCAACAUACGCAAGGAGUAUGGCAAACUUAUUUCCUUGAUGAAUGCCUAUGCACUUACAGCAAAAGGAGUUCGGUUAGUCUGCAGCAACACAACUGGAAAGAAUGCAAAAUCUCUGGUAAUUAAAACACAAGGAAGUGGUUCCCUCAAAGAUAACAUCAUACAAGUGUUUGGCACGAACAUGUUUAGCUGCUUAGAGCCUGUGUCUAUAUGUAUAUCAGAUGGCUGCAAAGUUGAAGGGUUUCUUUCCAAGUCUGGACAGGGUAGUGGCCGCAAUCUGGGAGACAGACAGUACUUCUUUGUAAAUGGUCGACCAGUAGAUAUGCCUAAAGUCAGCAAGCUUGUGAAUGAGUUAUAUAAAGGCGCAAACUCUCGGCAGUAUCCCAUAGCCAUAAUGAAUUUUACCGUACCAACUGGAGCAUGUGAUGUCAACGUGACUCCUGAUAAAAGAAAAGUAUUUUUUUCUGAUGAAAGCUUGAUUUUGCAAUCUUUGAGAGAGGGUUUGCAGCAGGUAUAUUCCUCAAGCAAUGCCAAUUUCUUUGUUAAUAAAGUUGAGGAGAGCUCUAAGGAAGCUCAUUUCCCCGAGUCUAUACUGGAAAAAUCUAAUAUCCUUCCAGAACGGUUAUCUCCAGUUGGAAUCAAUUCAAAAGUUUCCAUGAGGGAGCAUUCUGCAGAGGACAACACCUCUCUUAGAACAGUUAAAAUAAGCACUCAGAGUUUGCCUUUAUCGGAAGGAUCAAUUGCUAGUGAUGAAGAGAACUCAUUAAGGAAGGACUUCACUUUAAGAGUACAGGGAACAAAGAAGGUUGAUGGUAUUGUAGAGUUUAAUGGUGGGCAAUUGACAACUGAUAUGGAUGGUGCAGCUAGCAAAGAUUUAUCAGGAGGAACAAUCCAUAGCCAUUGUGAGAAUUCAUUGAGGAAGGACUUCACUUUAAGGGUACAUGGAACUAAUAAGGUCGAUGGUCUUACAGAGUCUAAUGAUGAAGGAUUGACAACUCAAAUGAAAAAUAUACCUGACAAGGAUUCUUCAUCCCCUUCAACUGCAAUUGGGAAAGGUAUUGCCGUAAGUAAAUAUUAUAGUAGUUGUUCAGGCAGUGUUCAAUCAUCACUGAGCAAAUUUGUAACUGUAAGUAAGAGGAAGCAUGAAAGCAUUAGUACUGUAUUAUCUGAAGUUCCUGUCUUAAGAAAUCAAGUUCUUCAUUGCCAAUUAAAGAGCAGCCAUUCGGAAAUGCAUGCUUCGGGCCCAAGAGAUCAAGUUGAUGAUUCUUCAGAGGUGAAUGAGAAUGAGCCAGGCAAGUUUCUCAGAGCAGAUAGCAUCUUGGAUGAAAUUGAAAAUCCUUGCUCUACUAGAGGCAACACUAAUGAUGGAAAACCUGGAAAGGAAUUAGAGGAUCAAGAAAAAGCAGUGCCUUCUGCUGAUAUAGAAUUAAUUGAUUCAUUUCGCAAGGAUCCUGAGGAUAUGCCUGAAAAAGCAUCCAUAGUUAAAACGUCAAAAUCUUCAUCUUCUGCUUUGGUUGUAGAUGUUUCCAUACCUUCAUCUGGUCAAAAGAUAUGUUCCACCUUGCAGUUUAGUUUUCAAGACCUAUUGACAAAAAGGCAGCAGAGGAUGUCAAGACUGUACAGUGGUUCCAGAUUUCAGAACAUGAAGAAGAAAAGGUGUUAUACUGCUGCGACACUUGAGCUCUCUCAGCCAGAGAACGAGGAGCUAAAGAUACAAGCUUUAGCUGCAGCUACUAAAGAGUUGGAAAAACUUUUCAAGAAAGAAGACUUUGGCAGAAUGAAGGUGAUUGGGCAAUUUAAUCUUGGAUUCAUUAUUGGCAAGUUAGACCAAGAUUUAUUUAUGGUGGAUCAGCAUGCUGCUGAUGAGAAAUACAAUUUUGAGCGUCUGGCUCAAUCGACCAUCUUGAACCAGCAGCCUUUGCUUCGGCCACUGAGAUUGGAGCUAUCUCCUGAAGAAGAAGUAGUUGCUUCAAUGCAUAUGGACAUAAUCAGGAAAAAUGGGUUUCUUUUGGAAGAGGAUCCGCAUGCCUCACCAGGGCAUCGUUUUAAGCUCAGAGCUGUUCCCUUCAGUAAAAACAUUACUUUUGGAGUUGAAGAUGUCAAGGAUUUGAUUUCUACUCUUGCUGAUAGUCAAGGAGAAUGCUCAAUAAUCAGUAGUUACAAAAUGGACACAUCUGAUUCUGUUUGCCCAACUAGAGUUCGUGCAAUGUUGGCAUCUCGUGCUUGCAGAUCGUCUGUUAUGAUUGGAGAUCCACUUGGACGAAAUGAAAUGCAGAAGAUAAUUGAGCGUUUGGCAGACCUGAAGUCUCCUUGGAAUUGUCCGCAUGGCCGGCCAACGAUGCGACAUUUGGUAGACCUGACAGCCUUAAGCAAAGGAGCAGAUGUAAAUGAGACAAGGUCUUGAUUGACCUUCCAUGUGGUUCUCCUGCAUGGUUUUCUCUUAACUUAUUCUGUAUACAGUUUCAAUUUAUUCCUCUUCUUGGUUCUGGUAUUUUGUGUCAACUUUAGAUGUCCGCUAGUGAGUGGUGAGAAGCGCUGGAACGUACAUACUGCAUAGCAGGAAUGGCGGUUUGUUGGGUUCCUUGUAUAUUUUGAUUGUUUUCAUUUUGUUAAAGUAAUGUACAUACUACGCAACACAGCCAGAGAUGAACACAAGACUAAAGUCUGAUCUUGA